UAUGCUCUUCUGUUGAACAUCUCAACAUGGAUUACCGAAUUCUGUUCCUGACGGUUUUAACUAUUUACUGUGUGGAUGGGCUUGUCGAAUAUUCUACAGAAGACACAGCCGCACGUGGCCUGUUCAGAAUUUGGCAGAUCGAAAAUGGUAAGGCAUACCGCACGGCAUAUGAGACAGAAGGAAAGUUCCGUAAAUUCAAGGCGAACCUUGAGAUCAUCAAUGCGCUCAACAGAAUGCACAGUGGAGAAACUGAGUUCGCCCUGAAUCAGUUUGCUGAUCUGAGCACCACAGAAUUCCGAACGAUGAUUCUAAUGCCGAAAAAAACACCACCAAAGUUUAAAUCUCAUAGGUAUGUUGAGGAGCACGUCACUGACCCCCUUCCGGAAGCUUUCGACUGGAGACAAGAAAAGAAAGUCAUCACUUCUGUGAAGAAUCAAGGAAGCGCCGGGACAUGCUGGGCGUUCAGUACGGUAGGAAACAUUGAAGGUCAGUGGGCAAUGAUGGGCAAACCACUCACUAGCUUCUCCGUGGAGCAAAUUGUCGAAUGUGAUGGCUUCCAGGAUACCAAAAAUAACAAGGCAGACUGUGGCGUGUUUGGAGGGUGGCCCUAUCUGGCGUACGAAUAUGUGAAGAAAACGGGUGGACUUGAAACCGAGGAGGACUACCCAUAUUGCUCCGGUGGAGGUGGGGCUAAGGGGACCUGUUACAUCUGCCCGGCCCCUGGCUACAAUAAGACUCUGUGUGGGCCCCCGGUCACGUGGUGCCUGAAGAACGAGAGCUGUGAGGCGAAGGUGGACCGGUCCAAGUUUGUGGCGGGUCUUCAGGUGGUUGACUGGAAGGCCAUCAGCCAGAAUGAGACUGUGAUUGCGGAUCAACUGAUGAAAAUUGGUCCCCUGUCCGUUGCUCUGGACGCCACUCUCUUACAGUUCUAUCACCGAGGAGUGUUUAAUCCGCCAUUCUGUGACCCAAAAUCACUUGACCAUGCUGUCCUAUUGGUUGGUUUCGGGGUUGAAAAAGGACUGUUUGAAAAGAAACCCUACUGGAUCAUCAAGAAUUCAUGGGGCCCAAAAUGGGGCCAGGACGGAUACUUCUUCAUCAAGCGUGGAGGCGGCACGUGUGGUAUCAAUACGCAGGUCACUACAGCUAUUCUUAAGGCUUGACCAAUGAAAAAACCGCUGUGACUCGAUCUGCGCAACAUUCAGAUUGAAAGCAGAUAUAUUUGAUGUAAUGUUUAACAAUACAUGCAUCUAAAACGCUUUAAAUCCAGGUGUAGUUAAUUGAAAAAUAUGUUUUAUGUAUUUUUUAAAGUCAUCA